AUGUCCAAGUACUCGACGCGCCAUCCAUGCUGUUGGGGAUUCUCAAUCAUCUUGGUGGUCUUUGCCUUUAUCCUUCAGGUCCUGUGCAUGUUUGGCGGAGGACUCUACAUCCCCCCAUUCCAGGCCAUCGCCUGGGUCACGACAUCGUCUUCCAGCAUCGGCGUCUAUGGCGGAUGCCCCAGCAGCGGCGCAACCCCGUCCCAGGCCGGCCCAGCCAACGGGCCAUACGAAUGGCAGUUCGUCCCCGUGAACUUUCCGCAGCAACCUCUUCCCGAGCCCCUGGGCGGUGGAUUCUUCACACUGAACCCGCAAUGGACCGUUCUGCAAACCCGAUGCAUCGAUGUGGCCCAGAUCCUCUACAUCACCCGCGGGAACAUUGAUGACAGCCAGGCCUUCUUUGCCCGUGCCGGCAUUUCUGGAACGCUCACUGCCCGUGAUCAUAUCAUUCUCUCGUCGCUCAAUAUCGCGGUCUUCUUCAUGUUUGUCAUCACUUUUUUCCAGGGCGGGCCGUCUCGCAAUAUGUGGAUAUGGAUCACGCUCCUCGCGACUAUUGCGACUUUUAUCGUGUCGUAUCUCGCCUUUGGUGCCGAUGUCUCCGACUUGGCUCUUGCAGGCGAUAGCAGCGCUACCUUUGGCUACGCCUUCUGGUUGACGCUGCUGGAGCUGCUGCUGCUGCUCAUUGCGGCACUCUCGGCCUGCUGGGGCGGCAGGAAGCGGUUGGGUGCCUCGCUUGGUCUCCCGGGCCCAUAUAUAUGA